AUGGCGCCCACAAACACCUUUCAACCUAUCAUAACUGGGGUAGAUGACAUCAAAUCUGCUCAGAAACGACGCAGCAUCUACCUUCGCCCGUUCCUCCUCUUCUGGCUUAACUCACUGAUCGCCGAAGUCAUUUUCCUCGCCGUCGGCGUAUUCAUCAUGACCGGUACCCGAGACCUCUUCUACAAAGUCAUGUGGACUCUUGUCUUCUGCCCGCUAGGCAUGGGCGGGGCAAUGGGCGGAUUGAUAAAUUGCUUCAUCGUUGACCAUUACUAUGGGAAAAAGGCCGCUCAUUUCACCGGCAUACUGGCGCUUCUGAUUCUCAGCACUUGCAACUAUCUUUGUUACAACCUCGACAGACAUUUUGGGUGGUUUGGAGCCGCAGAACAUCCGAUGUGGUUCCAUUGGCGGUAUCCGAUGAUCUGGGCUGUUGGAUAUUGGAAUGGAGUGCUUCUGUUUACAGACAAGGGGCAAGAGAAACUUGCUAGAUUGGGGUUAUGA